UAGCAUGUUCGCACUGGCACACUGCGGUCACACUGGCUUCGCUCAGCAAAAUAUUGCUUGGGUAAUUUUUUUUUUUAGUUGCUAAUUUAUUGUUUUCAACGCUGUUGCACAGUGUGCAGCAUAACCAUUAACAAUGACUUGAGACCUCUCAAACGUAAACCAAUUUUUUUUUUUUUUUUGCACGUGAAACAUAGUGAUAACGAAGCCACAAAAGUGAAACCAACAAAAAGCGUUCCAGUAAAGUUACCAUUAGAUAAUGAAAUCGAGGAUUAACGCGGUCUAAGCAUGUGUAACUGAGCUCCUACGGGCGAGGAAUUGCAGGUAACUAGCCCAGGAGGCACCAGGUAGCGGAGCAGGUGGCGUGGGUCGGACCGACAAGGCACUUACUUGGCCAGCGGAGUCUCACUUUUGGGCUGAAAAACGUAAACAAACAGCGGCGUGCGUACAGUCCCGGGCAUAAAAAUAUAGCCAUCAUGGCCCAGACGGCAUACUUGAAGGUGACACGCAUCGCGAUGCGCUCCGCUUCGAAUCUUUCCAAACGGCGGGUGGAGGAGCUGAACUCCGGGCUCGGCGAGCUACGGCAGCUGCUGUCUUGCGUGGUCUGCUGCCAGCUGCUGGUGGAUCCCUACUCGCCCAAGGGCAAGCGGUGCCAGCACAACGUGUGCCGGCUGUGUCUGCGCGGUAAGAAGCAUCUGUUUCCCAGCUGCACCCAGUGCGAGGGUUGCUCCGACUUCAAGACCUACGAGGAGAACCGUAUGAUGGCCGCCCAGCUACUGUGCUACAAGACGCUGUGCGUCCACCUGCUCCACUCGGCAUUAUUUGGUGAGCUGGCCGGGAUGCGGCCCCAGGUGGCCAGGGAGCUGGUGCCUCGCAUCAAGCUGCCUCCCAAAACCACACAGGAGUUCAUUCGCGAGGGCUCAAACAUCUCCGACACUUUUGACAUCUUUCUGCCCCAGCCGGAUUUGCCGUUCCUCAAGGACAUGCCCACAUCGCUGCCCGCAGAGACGCCGCCUACGUCGGCGGUCACGACUCCGGAACUGCCCUAUGAUCACCACCUCAACAUCAGCGACAUUGAGGCGGAGGCGGCGGCCACAGCGGAGCAGGGUCACUUCUCGCCGCUUCCCCUGCUGCCCACAGGAUCUCGCAUGGGCAUGCUCUCUCACGCCGGGCAAAUAGUCAUUGCCACCGAGAGCUCGGAGUCGGGCUUCAUGGACCAAGCGUGGACGGAUCAGGUAGACCUGUCUGGCACGGUUUCGGUGUCCAAAUACACAAAUAGCGGCAACAACUUUGCUGUCUCCUACGUGAUGCCCACUUCUGCGACCACGAAGUUCGAUCCACAGGAACUGCAAAUCGGCCAGGUGGUGCAAAUGGCGGACUCCACUCAGUUGGCUGUGCUGGCUGCCGUUGAGGAGACCGUCGAGACGUCCACACAGUUGACUGUGCUCUCCACCACCGUUGAAGAGACCGUUGAAACAUCCACGCAGCUAGAAGUGCUUACCUCCGCUGAGGAACCCAACGAAAUCUCUGAUCAAUUGGCUAAUCUGCAAGUUGAGGAAUCUGAUGAGGCUCUGGUUGAAGAGACCGUUGAAGAGGCCGAAGGGACCUCAAUCCCGUCAGAGGUUGUAGCUGAGCACAUGGAGGAGGAUCAACACUUGGAUGUGCACACUUCACAGUCACCUACACAAACCGAAAUGGAGGAAGCAGUGGAGGAGCAUGUUGCCACAAAAACACAAUUGGGUCAUGUGCAAACAGAAUUGCAGGAUGCGGAGUCGUUGCAGAAAGAUUUUGAGGACGCAAAGGCAGCGGCUGAAGAGGCGAAGGAGAAGGAGAAGGACCUGCACGCAAUCAGUGCUGAGCUGCAGAAGGAGGACAGUGACGAGCCAACACUUAAGCGAAAGAGAACCCGUACUCUCAAAGCGUCACAAGCUGCCAAAAUUGAGCCUGUACCGUCUGAGGUCAAGACUAAAGUGCAAUCUGGAAAGGGCGCUCUUCGCAGGAUUCGGGGCAAGGACAAGGAGGAAAAGGUGAAGCCUCCGAAGCCGAAGUGCCGCUGCGGUAUCUCCGGCUCGAGCAAUACCCUCACCACCUGCCGGAAUUCCCGAUGUCCUUGCUACAAGAGUUACAACAGCUGUGCCGGGUGUCAUUGCGUGUGCUGCAAGAAUCCGCACAAGGAGGACUACGUUGAAAGUGAUGAGGACGAUGAUUUGGAGGAUUUCGAAAUGCCGAAGGACGUUCCAGAGCCGAUGACUCAGUCGGAGGAGCCGGUGGUAGCUGAGCCUAGGCAGGAGGAGAACAGUAUGGCGCCGCCAGACUCUUCUGCCCCCAUAAGCCUAGUGCCGCUAAAUAAUUUGCAGCAAUCCCAGCAUCCUUUGGUGCUUGUUCAGAAUGAGAAAGGCGAGUACCAGGGCUUCAAUAUCUUCCAGGGCAGCAAGCCCCUUGAUCCGGUCACCGUUGGCUUCACUAUUCGUGUCCAGCUGCAGCACACCGAUGGCUUCGGUUCCCUUCCCCAGUAUGCUUAUAUAAUGCCAACAAUUGACCCGCCGAAUCCACCAGCUCCAUCACUUUCGCCACCACCGCCUCCUGCUCCUGACAGGGAAGUCAUCGAGCCACCGGCCAAGAAAUUCAGGACCAGUCGAACACGCCGAGGAAGGGCCAACUUCUCGGCCCUCGACACGGUGGAUGAGCUUGUCAGUGGCGGAUCCAGGAGCAAUUCUGCCGCUGGCGACAGAUCAUCGGCCACUGACAAUGCCCAUUCACUGUUCGAGGAGAUCAUGUCGGGCUCGGAUGACUUGUAAGCAAGACGACUCAUCCCUAUAUGUUUGUUUUUUUAUGUGCUCAGUGAUGUCCAGGUAUCAAUCCUUUAAUAGAUAAUUUUUAUGUACGUUAUGGAUGGUCGAAUUCAGCACUGAAUUGCAUCCAUAACGUGGUAUCGUCUUUGAUCCUCUUAUCAUACCCGUUAUUCGUAGAGUAAAAGGGUAUACUAGAUGUGUUUCCGACCAUGUAAAGUAUAUAUAUUCUUGAUCAGGAUCAAUAGUCGAGUCGAUCUGGCCCUGUCCGUAUGAAUGUCUCGAUCUCAGGAACUAUAAAAGCUAGAAGGUUGAGAUUAAGCAUAUAAAUUCUAGAGACAUAGAUGCAGCGCUUGGUUGUUUACCCAUGUUGCCACGCCCACUUACCGCCCAAAACUUCCACGCCCACAAUUUUAAAUUUUUUCUCAUUUUAUUUCCCAAUAUCUCUUGGAUAUCCCAGAAAAAUGAUGAAAUUUCGCGUUCGUAUUUCCACUAGCUGAGUAACGGGUAUCUGAUAGUCGGGAAAUUCGACUUUAGCAUUCUCUCUUGUUUUUAACUUGUGGUUUCGUUAUGCUAUAUAUUCCCCCACUCAAACAACUUCCACUCAAAUCAACUCCCAAAUAUCUUUUAGGAGCAUUCUACAAUCUGAUUUUUGUAAUCAUCCAGCAAACGUUUCCAAAACUCAAUUUUUUUUUAAUACGUAUUAAGCCAAAAGUCGUAUACAUAACUAUUUAAAGCAAUUCUGCAGCUGCAGCAAAGAUAAUCUAUUUAAGAGUAAAGCAUUAGUCAAAACUAAAGAUUAUUUUCGUUCAACGAACAGCGAAUUAUAGAUUGCUUUGCCCAAAAUGUGGAUGCUGUGAGCUAAAAAAAACCUUUUUUUUUAAUAGGCUAAGACAUUUUUUUGAAUAGGCUAAGACUUUUUUUGAGCAUGAAUUUUUUUGAGCACGUGAACCUAGGAUUAAGAACAACAAUUCAAGUAAGCCAUAUAUACCCAUAUUAUAUAUGCGAACAUAUAACUAUUAAAAUAUUCAAAUAAAAAUGAGCAUUGCUACUACAG